AUGUCCGAACAGCAAGCAAACAACAGCUCUAAUACCUCUCAGGCGGCAGACGACAAAAAAGAGGGCGCUGAGCAUAUUAACUUAAAAGUAGUUGGGCAAGACCAUAACGAAGUUUUCUUUAAAAUCAAGCGCACAACACAGCUGAAGAAACUAAUGGAAGCUUAUUGUGAGAGACAAGGGAAGGCUAUGGCCUCUGUACGUUUCCUGUAUGACGGAGAGCGUAUACAAGCACAUCAUACACCUGCUGAGGCAGAUGGACAGCGGGAUGGAACUAAUACAAGAGAUGGUCCAUGUCCAUUGGCAUCCUCUAGCUCUCGUCUAUAG